AUGAGCAACACAUCGGAUCCUCAAUCCAGUCCUCAGCCCAGCGGUCCUACCCGCCCCCGCUCCCGUCCGGGUCUCCUUCAGGCAUACCUUAGCAUGCUGCCCAUCAUCCACGACUGCCUUGAGCGCAAGUACACACAUGACGCAGACAACGAGACUCUGACGCUGCGCUACGUAGCCGAAGAGCUGCUGUCCGGCAACGACGCCAAGGCCUACGGCGUGCUGCGGGCCCAGGAGUGUCCCUUUCAUCUGCCCGAAGACGGCUUCCCCGGCCGCUUGGACGCAACUCUGCUCAGCGAGCAUGGGCUACCCAAAGACGUGGCCCGCAUCGUCGACAGUCGCAACCGCAAUGAGAUGGGCGAGCUGCGCGCCUUUGAGACGGCAAUCAUGUACAACGGUUACGCCAUCCGGCCUACCAUGACGCCCGAGGCCAGGCUGCUGCUCGACAUGCGUGUGGCAUCGCACGCCCUUGUCGUCGCCCUCCUCAAAGCCCGCCUGCUACUGGAGCUGCGCUGCAUCCGGGAGCUGAGCUCUGCGCUGCACCACCGCGGGGUCCCGCCUGAGGUGGCGGAGAUGAUUGUACUGCAAAUGCGGCAUUGGGAUGGGGACGAGGUUAAAAGUCUUGUGUUUAGCCAUGGUGGGCGGCCUUGUGGCGCGACGGCAGACGGUCGCCAAAAAUUGCGUGACGUGAUUGCCAACGUGGAUGGCUAUAUACAGGAGCAGGAGCAGGGCAUACGUGAUCUCACUACUCUCCCGGCGGCAGAGCCAAUCGCUCAGUCAUACUUUUUGAUUACAAACGUCGGCGGCAUGGGCAACAUCAUCUCGGUAGGACGUUGGUUUAGUGUGCUCAAGGAGGAUAUCAUAUGGCGUGACUGCUGUCCCGCCGUCCAUAUGGCGUGGCAUACUAACACAGCCGCCAGAAAGCUAGUCUGGGAGCUAAUUGGCGAGGAAGAGCCGCCUCUGGAUACACAGUGGUGA